AUGGCCAGCGACGGAUUCACCCCCUUCCUUUUGUCACCACUCGACCAUGUGUUCCCUCCGGUCCUGUAUGCGACAACAGUUCUGUACUUCCGACCGGAACGCACUUCAUUGAACAAGUCUGUGGAGAAGCUUCAGCGCGGCCUAGACCGGUUGAUCAAGAUCGUUCCGUUUCUGAGUGGAGUCGUAGCCUCAGCAACUCACCCCUACAAGACGAAUGUGCUGGAGGUGCGGCCAGACACCUCGUCCCCGUCCCUCGCAUUAACCUGCGCCUCCCUCGUGCAGGUCAAGGACUACUUGGAGUAUGGCCUCCCGGGGCAGGUUCUGGCCGACGAUGAUGUAAGUCGCUGGGCCAGCGGUGAGGAAGCCACGCGCCGCUUGAUGCCGGACUUCGAGAGACUGACCCAAUUGACCACGGUACCGGCUCCCGUUUUCCGGGCACAAAUCAAUCGUCUCGCCGACGGGAUCGCGCUGUGCCUUGCGGUUAAUCACAUGGUUCUCGAUGGUAAGGGCAAUGAUAUGCUUCUCGCGCUGCUAGCUCAAUGCUGUCACGAUCCCACCGGUGCCAGUUGGUCGACUUCUGCGGCUGCCGCCCAGGUUGAGACCCGGCAGUAUCUGCACACGCUGAGGGGAUGGUCGGACGAGGGUCCUUCGCUGGGAGUCGAUGCGGUGGACGCGACAGUUCUACCCGGGGAGGGUCUGGCUUCCGAUGCAACCAGCAUCGUAUAUAAUCUCGUAUUCUCGGAGGAGCGAAUCCAGCAGCUGAAACGCCACUGCAAUGCCCGGCUGCCAGGCUUGCGGCAGCAGCACGACCAAGAGGGAUACAAGGCCGGACCGGGAUUUGUUUCGUCCAACGAUGUGCUAACGGCACUACUGUGGAUCUGUGCAAGCCCGGUCGUCGUCACGCAGUCGCCCUCAUCGACGGUGGGGGUUGCAGUGAAUUCGCGUGGGAGGUUUAACCCGCCACUGCCGGAUGAAUAUCUAGGCAAUUCGGUCGCGUACGCAAACUCCUUGCUUAACAUGUCUCAGCUCCGAUGCUUAAAGCAUGAACCCGCAGCAGAGAACGAGGGAAGAGAAGCCAUUAGAGGACAGUCCGACACGAGUAACUUCUCCGGCGAAAAGCAACGCGCAUGCCGAGAGGGCUGUGCGGUUAUCGACGACGAUGACACUAUGCAGCUGCUCACCCUCAUGGCGUAUCGCAUUCGCUGCAGUAUCGCCGAUGUGGAUGGACCUGCGCUGGCCAAGCUCGUUGCGAGCUACUACAAGACGCCGGACUGGAGCCAGAUCCUGUUGCAACGGUGCGAUAUCAUCGUCAGCAGCUUGAAUGACUGGCGGGUCUUUGCAUUAGACUUCGGGUCCCAGCUGGGAUAUGUUGACCGGGUGGAGUUCCUACCUCCGAGCUCUCCGGUCGGCGAGUGUAUCCUGAAACCAAUUCAGAAGGAGAAGGCGGCAGUGCGCGAGGUCAUGGUGACCCUGCAGCCUGAGCAGAUGAGACGGAUGAGCCAGCUGUCCCUGCUUCAGUGGGCCUUGAUAUCUCAGUCGCCAACAACUUUCUACCGAUUAAUAUAG